AUGGCUUCUAUAGGGCACGGCAUGUCUCUAACUUCGCCCAAAAAUCAGGCGCCGCCGCCUUACAUGGAGUAUCCGAACGCCGGGAUGGAGAACAAGGCUCUGGAACAUUCGAUGGAGCUGGCGAUGGACGACUCGAAGAACGCCGUGUACGCGACUCAAACCGCGUACGGGUACCACAUCGCGCCUCACGCCACACCCACGCACGUUGGACAAAAUAUGUCUAAUAUGGACUGGGUGAACACAGGGUAUAUGGACAAAGGCUACGCGAACAGCAAUAACGGCGGCAGCGGCAACUCGCAAGACUCUCUGUGGCAGAUGAAAAUGGCGGCCGCCAACAAUACGGGCAUGAUGAUGAUGGACAGAACCAGUAACUACGGCUACGACCCCAUGCACGCCGGCUACGGCACCAUCGACGACUACGCGGCCUACCAGCCGCUCCCGCACGCGGGCCACGCCGCCCACAACGCCCACCCCACGCAUGGGAGCCACGUGCCCAACACUGAUUACAUGCGCACCUCGCAGAACCCCUCUAGACAGGACUACUGUUCCGAUUCCUAUGCAUCUGUGCAUAAGCCCAAGAAACGCAUGGAUCAGCAUACUGGUGAGUUAAAAAAAUAUAAUUUUCUACUUAACUAG